UUUAAUUUCUUCUAUGUAUCUGUGUUUUAACAUUGCUAGCUGAAUCAGAGCUUGUCUUAUCACUCAGUUGUUCUUCAGAUUUAAGUACAAUUCAGAUUUGUGGAUGUAAUAUAGUUAUGAGAAUAGACUUAGCAUAAUCAUCUAAAAAAACUCAUGUAAGGAUAGAAAGGUGUAUGCAAUUACAGCAAUUUUCAAUGAAAGUCACUACUCUGUUUGUUUGUUUUCUUUAGCCCUUUAUUGCACUAGUACCUUUAAGAGUAUGGUUUUCUUGAGGAAUCUUUUCACGACUAUUAAAAUUUCACGCUUUCAAGUAAGUCUAGCUUCAUCUGCCACUUACAAGUACUUUAGUUAAGCCUUAAACUUGUCCCGUCCCAUUUGUUCUUUGCCUAUCUGUUUCUAGUUGUUUAGUUUUAAUGAAAGUAGCUCUGUUUACUCAUUGGUUUGAGUAAUGUGAUAUGCUUUGAAUAAUAAAUUUAUUAGAUCCAUCCAGCUAUUAUAAGUUUUAGAGUCUGAUAUUGAUGGACGGUCGAUUUCAUCAGCAUUUUGGUUUGACGAGAGCUGAAGAUAUCUGCCUCGAUUAUUUUACUAUUGUAAAAAGUAAAGUCGUCAUUCCUGGUUAAAGAAUCUUGUUUUAGUGGAAAAGGCUGGAUGAAUUAAUUGGCAAAAAUGAGUAAAUGCACAUUGCUAAGCUAUAUAUGAAGUAGUCGUGUUUUAAUGGAAGGCGACACGUGAUUAGACUUUCCGAUUCUUAUAUAAUACGCAUAGCCUUGUGCGUUCCAAAUUAAAAUAGGGUUUUUCGCCGCCACUAGUUCUAUUCCAUUUACAUAGCAGCAGAAGAGGCCGUUAUUCGAAAAAAAUGAAACAAGCGAAAAUGGAAGAAGGAAAUGGGGUCGAUCACAUUGCUCGCAUCACAGAGGAACUACUCUCGUUGAUAUUAAGCCAAUUUGAAAACCUAAAGCAUCUGUGUGGAUACUCCCUUGUCUCAAAGCCUUUUGCUUUAGCUAUUUAUGAAUUGAAAUAUGUUCAAUUGACUCUUCCAAGUACUGAAUCAGCUGAUGAAAUCUGUGAGCUUAUCCCUAAGCUAGCAGGCUUUACAAGUGAAGAAAUGAAUGAAUUCAUCAAGUCAUCACCGAUUAAGGAGUUGGGGCUCUUGUCAUUCCUUCGAAACUUCAGGGAACUCAGAUCUAUUUCGUUGGACUUCACAUGUCCUCGCUGCAUCUGCAGUUCCUCACUUUUGAAAGUGAGGGUGAAAUUCAGCAGCGGUAGAGCCAUGGUGGAACUCUUUCUAGAACUACCAGCUUUUGUGCAUGAGGAGGCUUCAUCAUCUGAUGACGAGGACUCAAACGAUGCACUAACAGGCACAGGAAUGCGUCUCUCUUUGGAUGUUGCUGUGUUUGGUUACUUGUGCUGUGUUUACUCAGAAAAAGUCACCCUUUGCUUGCGAGUGUCACCAUCACAAAUAGCAAGAAAGAGGGGAGAAUAUAAAUCUUCUUUUUCGGAUAAACAAGUGGAAAGCAGAACUAGACUCAUUGAAUCAGACACUUGUUUGGAUGAGUGACUCAAAAAUCCCGGAAUCAGGUGGAUGAACUCGAUCCUGAUUCAGGCGCAUUGGAUGGCGAUGAUGGAUGCAGUAGUGACUUAGGACUAUAUAGUUUCAAAUUUGCUUAAUUUCACUUAUUUUAAAAAAUAAAUGUUCUAUGUACUCAUAAAAUUAAAGCCCACACCAUUAACUUUAGUUUGAUAUAAUUUUCAAAAUAAAUCAACAUUAAAAGAUUAUAAAUAUUGAGGACAUGUUAAAAACUGCUUUAUAUAAAAAUGGUGUAUUUAAUUGUGGCACCAAAU